AUGGGCGCAAAAGACGAAUCCGGCUUCCCCGUCUCCGUCGCCGACACGUUCGGUCAAUUCUGGCGAACUUGGCUCCCUGAGGAUAAAGUAUACAGCAACUACUCCGAAAUCGCCUCCAAAAACACUGCCUUUUCUCUCGGCGACGCUCCAAUGCCAAUUGUGUGCUUUGCAGAAGUAAUCCCCGGAAAAUCCCCCGAGAUUGGAAAACUCAUGUAUCCGGGCUUCAACAAAUCCACACGCUUCAAUCUCACAGCAUAUGAAGUUACACCCUUUGAGUUUGGAAGUUGGGUCGGCGGCCGCGUGCAGGCGUUCAUCCAGACCAAGUUCUUGGGUACUUCCAUGACGCAGGGCAAACCGCAGAAUAAGAGUGAAUGCGUGCAGGGGUUCGAUAAACUUACGCUCAUGCAGGGGACGACUGCUAAUGCGUUUACUGCAUGGUUUAUUGAUUCGUUUUAUGGAAUUCCGGUGUUUGCGAAGAGAUGGUUGGAGAAGAGGCAGAAGGUCAAUCCGGAUAUUAACGACGUUCCUAUUCCGAGGGAUCAGUAUGAUAAUCCGCUUGUUCAGCUUGUGAAUGAGACGGCGAUGUACUUUGAUUUGACGUUCAAUGAGUCGUUGUGGGCGACGUAUCCGAAUCCGUUUGAGGAUUAUAAUGAGGAUAUGAAAGGUGUUUCGGAGCUUCUUUUGGUCGACGGAAGUCUUACGCUUGAGAGUAAUCCUCUUCGUCCGCUGAUCAUUCCUGAGCGUAAGCUUGAUUUGAUCAUUGUUUACGAAGCUUCAUCUGAUGCGCCCAACUCUUGGGUCAACGGAACAAACCUCAUCAACACCGCCGUCACCGCUUCCCAAGGCAACAUCCCCUUCCCCAAAAUCCCUGACGUAAACACCAUCGUCGCCCAAAACCUCUCCUUCCAACCAACAUUCUUCGGCUGCAACGCCUCAUCUUCCACGCCCCUCCUCCUCUGGCUGCCCAACGCCCCAUGGACAGGGUACACCAACUACUCCUACACACAAACCCAAUUCACACCCAAUCAAGUCGACAUUGCGCUUGAGAACGCCUUCCAGGUCGCUACGUACGGUAACGGCAGUGUUGAUGAGAAUUGGCCUGCUUGCUUGGCUUGUGCGGCGAUUAAGGGCUCGUUGAGAAGAUUGGAUAUUGAGAUGCCGAGGCAGUGUGAGCAGUGCUUUGAGAGGCAUUGCUGGAAUGGGACCGUUAGUGAGAGGAAGGCUACGGCGGGGGAUUUUGAUCUUAGGCCGAGAUUGGAUCCGGAGUUGAGCUUUGCGAAGUGGAAUGAGAGUGAUUGGGAGAAGGAGGAGAGUGCGGGUGGUGGAAACGCCAAUGGAGGGGAUAAUUCGGCUGGUGUCAAGCUUGGUCAUAGUUUGGUUGGACUGGUUCUGUCGCUGAUGGCGAUGGCUUCACUGCUGUAG